UUGUCCAUUUUAAUUGCUAACGUUAUAACCAUGGCAGAUCAGCAUUCUAAAGCCCAGGAAGAUGAGGCAGCCCCAAAGACGGCCGGAGAAUCAGUGUAUCGUACUGGGAUGUUUUUAGAAAAGAAAGAAGACAAGAAACCUCAAGAGGAUGUGGCCGUGACAGAUGCCGAACCAAUGGAAGAGGAAGAGAAGCCCAAUCUCUUGGAAGAGCUCCGCCAGUCUGAAAGCAAGUCCGGCUCGUCUAGCGAUGAAGACGAUGGAGGAGAGAAGAAAAAGAACAAGAUGAAUGGGUUGAAGGAAAAAAUAUCAGGCCAAAAAGAAGAGGAAGAUACCAAGCACAACGAAACAUUCAUUCCAGCUGACAAUGAUGAAAAAGCACAUGAACAAGCAACACGCCCAGAGGAAAAAAAAGGGUUUAUAGAGAAAAUCAAAGAAAAACUUCCAGGACAGCACAAGAAGCCGGGAGAAGGUGCUUCCGAAGGGUGUGAAGCAAAUAAGCAGCAUUCCCCUGAAGGUGAACCAAAGGAGAAGAAAGGAAUCUUGGAGAAAAUUAAGGAGAAGCUGCCUGGGUGCCAGAGGAAUGAAGAGAAGGAGGACUAAAAUGGAACCUAGAAAGGAAUUUUCUCGAGCGCAUUUCCCGUGCAGCUUGCUUCAAAUAUGUAUGCAUGAGUCUUGAUUUGGUGAUUUCUGGUUUUUUAGAUGUAGUUUUCUUUUUCCGCACUCUGUAGACGUUGUGUUUUGCUUAAUGGCUCAUGAAGGCUCUCUUUUGCGGGCUAAAAUUUUCAUCUGGUUAGCCUUCAACUGAAAAUUUGA